AUGGCUUCGGAUUGGGCGCUAGACCCUCGGAUGCUGGCUUUCCCCAUCACCAAGCCACCGCCGACGAGAUGGGAAGACGUCUCCUGCGUGCACGGGCGAUGUUCCCGACACUGGGGGCUCAUUCGCGGUCUAAUGGAAGAGCAAAAGAAGGCGAGAAAGAACAGAGGCAGCAGCAGCGCACGCCUGACCGCGACUCUCUUUCGAGAGGUGGUGGCUCGCCUCAGCCUCUCUCUUGAGGCCGUGGACACCAAGGACAAGUUCAGCUGCACCCCCGGGGUCGGCGAAAUGAUCCAAAAGAUGGGAGCGAAGCACCUAGCGGCACAGGUGACGGCUCGAAACCCCAAGCACCAGCCGUCGAACAAGACCUUCGUGGCAUCGGCGGCGGCCAUCCUUGUGGCCAUGAGCCGCGAGGUGAAACGCCGAGCAACGGUUGUUGACGUCACUUCCGAGUCCAAUGGAGGGAAGGGGCCACCAGCAGCAGCAGCACCAGCGGCGUGGUUCACCGAGAAGGAGAUAAGACGUCUGGCCGCCCCCCUCUGCGAGGAGGACCUCACCCACCGAGGAGACGAGAUCGUUCUGGGAGAGGUGGAAAACUUCGCCUGGUGCUCCAUGGCCUACCUCACGAACCACAAUAAGUUUGACUGUGUGGCGAGGAAGGAUCUGGACGAGAAAGCAACCAUCGCACAGCUACAGGAGCUGGGAGAGCGGCCGAUAUGCAGCAGCCCGGGCUGCAACGCCUAUGCCACGAAGAGCAUGGGAGACCUCAGCGAGAGGGUUAAAACCGCCACCUUCCUGAGGAGCGUGUACUGCGACGAACACUUCAAGGAGAUGGGAGGCGGGGGCGGCAAGCGCAAGAAAGCCGCUGGGAAGGGUAAAGGAAAAUCCAGCAAGGCGUGCGAUCCGAUGGCCCUCCACGAGCUCGACCUAUCGCCGCUUGGGGGCGACUACAAAGCAGCGCCCAGCGCACACGACCCUCCUCCCUCCCCUCCGAAAGGCGGCAAGAUAAAGGCCGGUUGGUACCGCCGGCUCCUGGGAGAGGCCCUGCUCAAGGUGGAGCUGCACCGGGUGGAAAAGUGGAAAGGGCCGGACGCUGCCAACGGGCUUACCGCUCUGUGGCGCAAGGAGUUCGCCAAGAAUGCCAAGACUAUAUAUUCGCUCACGCCGAACGGUGAAUGGAUGGCGACGCGGCUGGAGCGAGCGAUUGGGGAGGGACCAGGAUCCGGAGCGUCGUCGGGCAAAGCUAACGCGACCGCUACCGCCAGCCCAAUCCUUAACCGCAGCUCGUACGCGAGCUGCUCGGAGAGGGACGGCGGGGGCGGGGGCGGGACGGCCGCUUCGACCCACAACGGGCACUCCCCGCUGGCGCCGACGAGAGCCAACGGAGCCGCCAAGCCCGGGGUGAGGCUGCUCAUCGACAACAGGGAGAGGCGGGGGGUGACGAGCAACAGCCAGUAGGAAGGAACGAUUGGCCAUCGGGGAUCGAUCCUGUGGGAACAAUGCUCCGUCCUCUCGAGGACGCGUGGUCAAUGGUCUAACCGCUAAGGCAUGCAAAACAUAAGAGUACGCCCCCCC